AAGUCUGUCUCUUGGAUCAUAGUCUUCCCGCGACUUCUCGCUUCACGUGCUGAAAGAUGUCCGGACGAUGCUGCCUCUGGGGGAGGAGAAUUGCAGGGGCGCCCUGGUGCUCUUGGUCUGCCGGCUCUGUCCUUCGCCUGCCGGUGUGUUAGUAAGUGGCCGCCAGGAUUCCGCGGGAAAAUCAAAACGACCCGGCUUUUGGAAAUCGAGAACCAAAAGCAAGGAAGCCUGUCCGAGUUUGCGGAAGGUCGGCGGCUCCGUCCCCAGCCGACGACGUUGCAGACCGAUGAGGCACGCGCCCGCGCGCCCCGCCCAUGCCGAUCGCAAAAAGCCGGGCCGCCCUUUUGCUGGAGGAGGUCCCGGGCGCCGUUUGCGCCGCUGGCGUCGCGGGUCCGUCUGGUCUCCUCCGGGGGAGCGCCGGCGCGCCAUUCUUCCAGCAGGGCGGGCGCUGCUUGGGCCUGCCGGCUGGCAGGCCUUACGCUCCCCCCUGCCCCGGGCGCGAAAGCCUCGCGCGCCGCGCUUUGCUUGGCGCAGUGGGCCAGUUCUGGCCUGUGCAGCCCCGUUGGUGAUCGGUCCGGCGAUUUGGGGUUGCGGAGUGCCCCGCCGCCACGACUUUUGCCCUCGAUUACGAUUGCCAGGGCGUGACUUGUUUGGUGUGUCUUUUCCGCCCACCGAUCACGCCCUUGUGGAUGAUUUCAGAUGUGGCUAGCCGGGCGCCGCGACGGGCCGCCUGCCGAUCCCAGCAGCGAGCCCUCAGCAUCAGUGAGGGAUUAUGAGUAUGUGCUUUUCGCUAUCGCUUUAAGUUGUACUAUUAUCUAGGUAACUUGCGGGUCCGCGUCGACGCUCAUAGACGCGGCGAGCAAUGCUAUCGCGUCAGUGUCUUCUCGCCCGAUUCGUGCAUAGCAAUCGGCACAAGGGUGUGACGGCCUUUUUUCCGGUGCCAAAACACAACGGACGCCAAUAAUAGCAGAG